AAUUACACUUACAAUCCGAGUUAGCUAUAAAUUCUGCUUAAUUCCACAAAAAUCAGUUUCUAAACAGCUUUGAAGACAUGUUAUUUUAAAGUGUUGAAAUUUUAAGGAUCACAGUUUCUAAUUUAAGCUGUACCAAUCUUCUAAAUCAAACUUUGGAAACGUAAAUAUACUUUUACUAAUUAAAAUCGUCGAAAUGCAAGCAAAGAAGCGUUAUAUACUUCUCAUAUUAUCAUGUGCAUUCCUGGUGUAUUGUUACUAUGGAGGUUAUCACCUGAAGACAGAUUUAUCACAUCGUAGUCGUAGAGACCAGUUGCCGUCAUAUGCGACAUUAGAAGAGUUAUCAGAAAUUGACAUGCCGAUGCAGCUACAAAGACAACCACAAGGGAUUAAGAAACCGUGCCGCAUGGAAACGUGUUUUGAUUUCUCUAAAUGUGGAAAUGACCCUAAAAUAUAUGUAUAUCCUACUGAUGGUGCAGUGAGUCCAUCAUAUAGAAAAGUUCUGUCUGUAAUAAGAGAGUCCAGGUAUGCUACCAGGGAUCCCAAUGAGGCUUGUCUCUUUGUACCUGCAGUAGACACAUUAGAUGCUGAUCCUCUGUCACCAGAACAUGUACCUGAUGUAGGAUCACGCUUAUCUAGAUUACCUCAUUGGAAGAAUGGGCGCAACCAUUUAAUUUUCAAUUUGUAUGCUGGAACAUGGCCUGAUUAUGCUGAAGAAGCAUUAGGAUUUGAUCCUGGGGAAGCAAUUCUAGCAAGGGCUAGUGCAUCUGACACUAUAUUCCGUGAUGGUUUUGAUGUGUCCCUUCCGCUGUUCCACAAAGAACACCCAGAAAGAGGUGGAGUGCCACCAGCUGCCACUUCUAAUCCUUUUCCUGCCCCAAGGAAGCAUUUGUUAGCUUUCAAGGGAAAACGCUAUGUGCAUGGUAUAGGCAGUGAAACAAGAAACUCCCUCUGGCAUUUGCAUGAUGCCAACAAUCUUAUUUUGGUCACAACUUGUAAGCAUGGCAAAUCUUGGAAAGAUUUAAGAGAUGAGAGGUGUGAUGAGGACAACAGGGAAUAUGACAAAUUUGAUUAUGAGCAGUUGUUGGCAAAUUCAACAUUUUGCCUAGUCGCGCGUGGUAGACGCCUCGGUUCUUACCGUUUCUUGGAGGCAUUGGCAGCAGGAUGCGUGCCGGUAUUGCUGAGCAAUGGAUGGCGCUUACCUUUCGACGAACGCAUUGAUUGGCGACGCGCGGUUAUCUGGGCAGAUGAACGUUUGUUACUACAGGUUCCAGAGUUAGUACGCUCAGUAUCACCUGAACGAGUAUUAGCUCUGAGACAACAGACCCAAUUUUUGUGGGAACAGUAUUUCUCUUCCAUAGAAAAAAUUGUUUUCACUACUAUUGAGUUGCUUCUGGAACGAGUUUUAGCGCAUAGGACGUCGAGGCAACGAGAAGCGCUCAUCUGGAAUGCAUAUCCCGGAGCUUUAGGAUCAUUAGCAUCAUACGGAGACUCGCGUGCUCACUUGCCUAUUGCGGCUCCAGUUUUGUCUCCACCUCCAGGUCCAUCCGUAUCCCCCGCACCCCUUCCCGCGCCUUCUAUUCCUCUAGACUCCCUUCCAACCACACCUGGAAAUACCUUCACUGCUCUUCUUUACGUUCAAGCCACGUCACCAGCGCUACAUAAACUACUUGCUAAUAUAGCUAGUAGCGAAUUUUGUGAGAAGGUGGUUCUGGUAUGGGAUAGCGAGCGUGCGGCUCCAUCGCUGAAGUCCCUCGCACGCGCCGCUGACGAUCUUCGCGACCCCCUGCCCGUUCUGGUUAUCGACGCUACAACUCAUUAUCCUGGAGAAGGGGUAUCGGCACGUUGGCAGCCUCUAUGGGCAGUGCCUACGGCUGCCGUAUUUUCACUGGACGGCGACGCACCCUUGCUAGCGGAGGAACUUGACUUCGCAUUUCGAGUUUGGCAACAAUUCCCAGAACGAAUCGUUGGAUAUCCUGCGAGAACACACUUUUGGGAUGAAGCUAAGGGCGCAUGGGGCUACAGUAGCAAAUGGGGCGGGUCGUACUCGAUGGUGCUGCCCGGUGCAGCGCUAGUUCAUCGAGCGACCCUAGCGUUGUACGGAGCGUCAGCCCCUGCGCUGCGGCAGGCCGUUCGCCGUGCGCACAACUGCGAAGAUAUCCUGCUUAACUGCCUCGUGGCUCAUCUUACCCGUCGUCCACCGCUCAAACUGGCACAGCGUAGACGAUAUAAGGCACAGCACCACCGAUAUAGAUCGUCCUGGAGUGACCCGGAGCACUUCGUCCAGCGACAGUCUUGUCUGAACACAUUCGCCACAGCUUGGGGCUACAUGCCGCUCAUGCGAUCCAUCCUCAGACUCGAUCCCAUACUCUUCAAGGACCCUGUCUCCACUCUCCGAAAGAAAUAUAGAAAAAUGGAAUUGGUCACUACAUAAAUCCAUUUUUCGUUCAUACUCAUAAGUACAUAUCGUAGUUGAGCAUUGUUUACGUUAUCACUUAGUUAAAAAUCUAAGUAUAGCUUUAGGACAAGCAAUACCAAAUAUUACUUUGUAAGUUCCAAUGUUGUUAUUAAUUUUAAGGCAUUUUAGUCAAAAAUAAA